GAAUUCGGGUACUGAAGAGAAAGAAGAUUCUAGAAAACAAAACAAAACUGCGGAAAUAUUGAAUGAAUCAAUAGAAGAUUAUUUAGAAGAACUGGAGCUUUAUAAUAACUGGAUAGUUGACUUUAAGAAAAAAAAAGAAGAGCAACAAGCACUUUAA